AUAAUUAUACAUUUAUUUGAUAUAACUACAUUGAAGUAUUUUCUUAAGGGAUUUUUUAGUUCUUUCUGCCUGUAUGCAUCCAAACAAAACAAGUUGAAAGCGCACGGUAGUACUUUGAGUGUCAAAUUUUCCUCUUGUAGAUGUUUCGCCGAUGUCGCACCUUUUGGCAGAAAACGACACCUGUUGAAAUUUUAUAUAUGUGAAUGUAUAUAAAUACUAUAUUCGACCAACCCUCCUGCCCUACAAUAUUAAGAUGGUAAUAGCCCCGCAAGUUUAUUUUGCGAAUUUGUUUUCGUUCGUAGUUUUCUGUCGAAUCUGCCGUUGACAUUUUCUUGCUCGCGUGACUUCAACAACAAAACCACGUGACCAGUAAUGCGGAAGUACUACAUCCUCCUGUCAGAAGAGAAGGGAAGGGAAUGAGGGACAGAGACCAGACGUCGUCCAGGUUUUGAGCUUCAAACAUGCCUCGUUUGGAGAUUGCCGUCUGCUUCUUCGUCUCGGUGACGUUUCCUCACGUCGCCAGCGCGUUCAAGAAUCAAACGUGGCCGGUGCCUUACAGGCGCUACGACCAUCGCCCCCUAGCGGAUGCGUACUGUCAAGCUCUUUACCCGUUCUGCCCCACCGGAGACCCGCACGGCCGCAUUCCCAACAUGAAGGACGCGGACGUCAUUUCGGUGUAUCGACUGCAGACUCCCGUGUGGGAAUUCAAGUACGGCGACAUACUGGGAAAACUCCACAUCAUGCACGACGCCGUCGGUUUCAGCAGCGCCGCGACUGGAGCCAACUACACCAUGGAGUGGUACGAACUCUUCCAGCUGGGAAACUGCACUUUCCCGCACCUUCGGCCGGGAAUGUUCACCCCCUUCUGGUGCAACCAGGGAGCCGCGUGCUUUUUCGACGGUAUCGACGACUUCCACUGGGCUCAGAACGGCACUUUGGAGAAAAUAGCGGAAAUCAGCGGUAAACAGUUUAACGAUCUGACCCAGUGGGUGCGCGAGGACAACGCCACGGGAAUUUACUACGAAACAUGGACGGUUCUUUCCGACUCUGGUCCGGGCGCCACCACGUGGUUCGAAUCGUACGACUGCUCGCAGUUUGUCCACCGCACCCACCGCAAGCUGAGCGCUCUCGGGGCCAAAUUGUCCAGCCGUUCCCAGACCAACUACACCAAAAUUUACCUGUACAGCGGAGAGCCAGUCUACCUGGGAAACGACAGCGCCAUCUUCGGGCAGCCGGCGCUCAAGAACCUGGCGAAGGACAUCCGGGACUUUUACAACGACUUCCGACCCCACCAGUCCAUGGCGGAGUUCGCCCUCAGCAUGCUGGAGGUUUAUAAGAAGGUGGUGAUGGACAAAUGCUUCUAUUUUUACUACAACUUUGAGUACUGGAGGCUUCCCAUGAAGCCUCCCUAUGUGCGCAUCCAAUACGAGGAAGUGCCUCUGCCUUAAUACGUUUAUUUUUUUUUUUUUUACAGUGUUUUCUAUCUUCGAGUUCUGUUGACUUUCAAAAUAACGUAAUAAUUGUCCCUUCUCAAAAACUAACUGAAGCGCCAAUGGCGUACCGCAAACAACACGUCACUUUUGCUCAUUAAUAUUCAUGGCGUUAGCAACUGUUGCUAGGGGGGACAAACUGACGUUUGUUCUUCAUGCUAGAUGCAUGUAAAUGAUGUACGAACGAGAUGUUUACUGAGCUAAACUAACCAAUUCUGUCCAAAAAAGAUGUCCCUGGUGCCAAAUUCACUGGUAAAGAUGUGAAAGAACAAUCGAAUGUUCAGUUAAAGAGAUGGCUUGAGUGUUGAUGGCUGAAAAAGAUGGGAAAAAGAGCCGUAGCUUUUUUAUCGACACCUUUUUCUUGUGUGGAUUGCCUUACGCCACUGACAAUGACAUUCUCCUAUUUCAACAAGCUAUCCUUGACCACCAUAUGCAUGUCUUUCUUAUAUAUUAUAUCCUCUGGUUGUCUUACGUCUCUGACCGUUCUUGGGGGUAAUUUACAUUGCUAUUUUUGUGUAGCGAUCGCAAAUGCUAAACAGUGACAACCAACGAACACUAAAUUUUUUCAUUAAUAAAUCUUAAUUCUAUAAUUUA